AUGGCUCUGCUGUCCCCCACAGAGCUGGCAGGACAUUGUGCCGGCUGUGCCCGGGGUGGCAGCCCUGUCCCACGGGAAGAGGAGCACUCCUGGGCUCAGCUCCCGGGCUCCCGCGACCGCCUGGGCCACUGGAGCAGCUCCAGCUCUGUCUGCACCGAGGACUUCGCUGUCAGCUUUUGGGAGGGAAUGGUGGAGCCGCUGCUGUGCCAGCAGGAGCCUGCUGGGGAUGUCCCCACGGCAGGAGCUCAUCCUGGGCAGGACGAGCCCUUGUUCCCCACAGGGAGAAGCCUGGACACGGCCAUGGAGCCGGGCAGAGCCCCCCGGCAGGACAGGUCUCCAUCCCGGAGCAGCCUGGAGUCCCUGGGAGCGAGGAUCUCCCGCCUGAGCCAGAGCCAUGGGGGGGUGGCCUGGGGGGUCCCCUGGCCGGGCCCCCCUGCCCAGCCAGCCCUGGGCCACAGGGACUCUGCCCCAAAGCUCAGCCCUUUUCCAACGGGCAGCAAGGCUGGGCUCCUGCCCGGACACUGCCCUUGGGAAGAGCCGGGCAGGGGCUGCGGGGUGGCCCUGGGCAGCCAAAGGGUGACUCCGGUUGUCCUGCAGAGGCUGCGGGAGCUGGAGCGGGGCAGCCGCUCCCUGCUGCGGCAGCGGCUGCGGGUGCUGCAGCGGCUGCACGGGCUGCUCCGGAGGGACCAGGCCGAGACCCUGCGGCAGCUCCGGGAGGCGCUGGAGCAGGACCGGGCCGGCAGCGGCGUCCGGCGGGAGCAUCUGCGGAGCCGCCCGCGGGACCCGGCGGUGCCCGGGCGGGCCGGGGGCUCCCCGGGCCUGGGGAACCCCCCGCUGGCCCCGCGGGGACACGGCCUCCGCCCCUGCAGUGCCGUGGGACCGGGCCCCUCGCCGGCAGCCUUCGGCUCAUCCCCGCCCUCCCCCAGCCGCGCUCUCCACGUCCUGAGGGGGCUCCGGCAGCAGAUCCAGCGGCGCCUCGGGCAGUGGCAGAGGCUGGAGGGAGCCCUGGGAGCCGCUGAGCACAGGAAGGAGGUGAUCUGGGACUGGGAGGAAGGACAUGGGGUCCAUGACAGCAUCAGCCCUUGGGGAAGCCCCCAUUGUCAUCCUCGGGGCAAUGCCAGCCCCUCUGCAGCCCCUGCGCGGGUGGCAGGGAGUGGGGCCAGCCGUGUUCCUGUCCCCUGCAGGAGGGCGAGCAGAGGCGGCAGCUGGACAAGGCCCCAGCUCCAGGAGCUCCGAGGGAGCCCCUGGUCCAGGUGAAUCAGGCCCCAGGUCCUGCUCCGAGGCUGGGCUGAGGUUCAGGGGGCCAGGUCUCAGGGGGUUGGGGUCUCAGAGAGCCGUGGGGACCCCCAGAUCACCUCCAGAGGCUCUGUGUCCAGCUCAGUUUGGUGAAAUGUCCAUCAGGUGACACAGUGUCUGUCCUGCCACCUGGAGCUGCCCCUCGUGUCCGUGGCUGGGCUCCAAGCCACGAGGAGCCAGGAAUGUGUGGGCAGGAUCCUCUUGGAGCUUCCAGCUCUGAGCUGACCUGAUCUUUCCCUCUCUUGUGCAGA